GUAACUGUCAGUAUUGAUAAAACAUUCGUUAUUGAAGUUCUGUGUCUUUAUGAAGGAUGUCUUCCAGAUUCGCCAAGGAUUUAAUUGUGAAAAACCAAAUUUUGGCAGAUCAAAAAAAGUUGGAAGAGAAAGCUUCAAAAGAAUGGCACUCAAAAUUUGGUUAUUUGUUAGAUUUUGAUAAGAUGGUUAUUGAGGAGGCGAAGGAACGUGGAAUGACCGAGGAGGAAUUUAGGAGGAUUACUGUUAAGAGAAAGGAUAAGACGAUGCAUAAAAACCUGCAAAAUUUCGAUAUCAAGCCCUCUGGAAAGAUCCCUGUUGCUUCAUCAGGGUACGUCGGAUGGAGGAGCCAGAAUAACAUAGACAGACUUGUUGGACCACUUCAUGUCGAUAGAAAAUACACACUGCCACAGGAAAUAUCGCAGAAGCACAUUCUUCUGGGUUAACCAAAUAUGAUGGAUCAAAUUCUAACGAUGUUGCACAUUUUCAUCACUUCACCAUUUUACAUUAAAUUAUUAUACAAUAAAACACCUUAAAUGCAUUUAUUUAUAGUUUAUGUAUAGUAAUAAAAUAUAUCAUGAAAA